AUGACAUCAUGUCCUGAGAUAAUCCUAAGUGCAUUAGAUAUUGUCGAAGAAGCCAGCCGAUUUAGAGUUAGAGUAUUUGAGGAUACAGAGGUGCCAGUAGGAGAUACGCUAGUUAAAGUAUUGGUAGGUGUAAAUGAGGGAAAUGUUUGUACUAAACCAAGGCAGCAUAGUAUGGGUAAGGUAGACUAUGCAAUCGCUAGUAUGGUUCUUCGGAAUGGUACCGGUUAUUUGAAGGUCGUCAAUGUUGGUGUAGAGCCAUUUAUUUGGAAAAAAGGAGAGGUUGUGACACGAGCGGAGAGGUGUGAGGAGAUGACUGAGGUGAGUUCAAAAAUAUUUUCGUUGAGAAACGUAUCAGAGGUGACGGAGGAAAGUGACAUUGUGGGCGGUAUUAAAUAUUCCGAAAUAAAUGUUGGUUGUUUAGAGGAUUGCUUCAAAAAAAGAUUAUUUUGUUUACUUCGUGAUUAUGGUGACUGUUUUGCUAGCUCUGCAGCUGAAAUAGGCCUCACUAGUUUGGGAGUGAUGCACAUAAAUUUAACUACAGAUAAACCAAUAAAUAGAAAGCCUUAUAGGUUAGCUUAUACGGAAAGGGAUAUUGUAGCUAAAAAAAUAAAAGAGUUGCUUGAAGGUAAUAUUAUAAGGGAAUCUAACUCAGAAUAUGCUUCGCCUAUUAUCCUUGUGCGAAAAAAAAUGGUGACUAUCGGUUAUGCGUAG